AGUCAGUCAGUGAGAUCAUUGCUGCAAAAGCAGCAGAGCUAUUCAGUCACCUCCUGGACUACAGCCUUUACAGCCUUCCUCAAUUCAGUCACCUUCUGGAUUACAGCCUUUAUAGCCUUCCUCAAUUCAGUCACCUUCUGGAUUACAGCCUUUAUAGCCUUCCUCAAUUCAGUCACCUCCUGGAUUACAGCCUUUAUAGCCUUCCUCAAUUCAGUCACCUUCUGGAUUACAGCCUUUAUAGCCUUCCUCAAUUCAGUCACCUCCUGGAUUACAGCCUUUACAGCCUUCCUAAAUUCAGUCACCUCCUGGAUUACAGCCUUUAUAGCCUUCCUCAAUUCAGUCACCUUCUGGAUUACAGCCUUUAUAGCCUUCCUCAAGCCUUCCUCAAUUCAACCAUAUUCCAUUCAGUCACCUCCUAGAUUACAGCCAUCCUCCAUUCAGUCACCUCCUGGAUUACAGCCAUCCUCCAUUCAGUCACCUCCUGGAUUACAGCCAUCCUCCAUUCAGUCACCUCCUGGAUUACAGCCUUUAUAGCCUCCUCCAUUCAGUCACUUUAAGGUCUGACAGUGAGAACAACAUACUCCCAUGAGCAUCAACCCCACUACUAGAUGAAGAGAACUCCAUCGCUGCAGGGCCAAUGUAGCGAAUCAUAUGUCAGGCAGAGUGUUGUGAGCGAGGGUUAUUGACGUGAUGUCUAAGCAGCAUUAUCCUAUCAAGGACUCAGAGGGACUUCACCUCUCCCCUCGCCAUUCCCCCCUUCUUCACUCCCUCGUGCCCCCCAAGCCUGCUCCUCUCUCCCCACUUCACUCCCCAGUGUCCCCCAGGCCUGCUCCUCUCUCCCCACUUCACUCCCCAGUGUCCCCCAGGCCUGCUCCUCUCUCCCCACUUCACUCCCCCCCCGUGUCCCCCAGGCCUGCUCCUCUCUCCCCACUUCACUCCCCCCCCGUGUCCCCUAGGCCUGCUCCUCUCUCCCCACUUCACUCCCUCGUGUCCCCCAGGCCUGCUCCUCUCUCCCCACUUCACUCCCCCGUGUCCCCCAGGCCUGCUCCUCUCUCCCCACUUCACUCCCUCGUGCCCCCCAAGCCUGCUCCUCUCUCCCCUGUCCACCACCCUCUCUUCUCCCAAACUCAGCUCCCCUUCCCCCAGCCCUUCUCCCCCCUCUCUCAGCAGCCCCAGGACCUAGUAGAGACAGACUUCCCUUCUGAUGUGGACACAUGUCAGCUACUGUCUCCCCUCUCCCAGCCCUCCCUUCGAUAUGGCUACAAGGACUAUACCCAGGACCAGUCGUACCAGCAGACAGUGACCCACCCUGACCCAGAAACUCUGCAGGACUACCACAACCACGGCUCCCAAACUAACCUCAACCAUCAGCUGGCCCGGGGAAAGAAGCACCAGCUGGACCAGCAGACCUACACCAGCAACAGAAACCACAAGAGGCAGCUCAAGACUCAAAAGGACCAUCAGCCCCCCAACAGCUAUCAGGAUCCCAUACUGGACUCCCAGACCAUGUACAGCAACAAGCAGAACCAGCAGAACCAUCACAUGAAACAGCAGUCUCUGGACCUUCAGACUCAACGUGACCUACAGAACUGCAACCACCAUCAGAGCCAGCAGAUGGAGGUGAACCCUCAUCAACAUCAUUCUGUCCAGAGCCAGCUACAGAACCAGCUGGACCAUCACCACCAUCAGUCUGUCCAGAGCCAGCUACAGAACCAGCUGGACCAUCACCACCAUCAGUCUGUCCAGAGCCAGCUACAGAACCAGCUGGACCAUCACCAGCAUCAGUCUGUCCAGAGCCAGCUACAGAACCAGCUGGACCAUCACCACCAUCAGUCUGUCCAGAGCCAGCUGGACCAUCACCAGCAUCAGUCUGUCCAGAGCCAGCUACAGAACCAGCUAGACCAUCACCACCAUCAGUCUGUCCAGAGCCAGCUGGACCAUCACCACCAUCAGUCUGUCCAGAGCCAGCUGGACCAUCACCACCAUCAGUCUGUCCAGAGCCAGCUACAGAACCAGAUGGACCAUCACCAUCAUCAGUCUGUCCAGAGCCAGCUACAGAACCAGCUGGACCAUCACCACCAUCAGUCUGUCCACAGCCAGCUACAGAACCAGCUGGACCAUCACCACCAUCAGUCUGUCCAGAGCCAGCUACAGAACCAGCUGGACCAUCACCACCAUCAGUCUGUCCACAGCCAGCUACAGAACCAGCUGGACCAUCACCACCAUCAGUCUGUCCACAGCCAGCUACAGAACCAGCUAGACCAUCACCACCAUCAGUCUGUCCAGAACCAGCUGAACCAUCACCAGCACCAGUCUGUCCAGAGCCAGCUACAGAGCCAGGUGGACCAUCACCAGCACCAGUCUGUCCAGAGCCAGCUACAGAACCAGCUGGACCAUCAAAACCAUCAGUCUGUCCAGAGCCAGCUACAGAUCCAGGUGGACCAUCACCACCAUCAGUCUGUCCAGAACCAGCUACAGAACCAGCUGGACCAUCACCAGCACCAGUCUGUCCAGAGCCAGCUACAGAGCCAGAAGCACCAGGUCAGACUCCACAUCCUAGCCCAGCUCCAGAGACAAGAACAGGGACAGGGAGGGGGCUACUGCCCCCCACAGCCCCCCUCACAGAACCACAGUCACACCCAGCAGCACACACACAUCUCCUACACUCAAACACAGACCCACGCACAAAGCUCCUAUCUGUACACACAGGCCCACGCAGACCAACAACAAAGCCCCUGUUUGUACACACAGCCAGCACAGAGCCCUCUAACCUCUGUGGAACCAUCCUCACCCUCCUCACCCUUGUACCCUGGUCCCCAGUCUUACUCCAACCCUUACUUUUUCCCUCACUUCCACUCUCAUCCCAACUCUAACUUUAACUCUCACCCUCAAUCCAAUCCCAGCUCUAAUCCCCAUCUUCAAUCCAAUCCCAGCUCUAAUCCCCAUCUUCAAUCCAAUCCCAGCUCUAAUCCCCAUCUUCAAUCCUAUCCCAGCUCUAAUCCCCAUCUUCAAUCCUAUCCCAGCUCUAAUCCCCAUCUUCAAUCCAAUCCCAGCUCUAAUCCCCAUCUUCAAUCCUAUCCCAGCUCUAAUCCCCAACUUCAAUCCAAGUACAGCCUCCUCCCCAACCCCAACCCUGCCUACAGCAACAACCCCAACCCCAGCCCCAGCCCCAACCCUAACCCCAACCCCAGCCCCAACCCUAACCCCAACCCUACCUACACCUAA